UAUAUUUAUAGAAUGGGAAAAUAAGUAUGAAGAUGAUUAAAGAACGAGAUAGAAAAUGAUUAUUAAAUUGUCAAUUUUCUCCAUCGUUAAUUAACAGAAGAAUAUAGAAGAAUAAUUUUGACAGUAACAAUUAAAUCUAAUUGUAAAUGAGAGUAAAUUUCCAAUGAGUUACAUUGAGAAUCCAUGAUGGCGGAUUAGCCGGUAAGUGAGAAGAUGAAGAAACUGUUUCCAUUUUAACUCCAAUUAAAUGAUCAAUUAAAUGUUCACUUUGCUUUCGAUGAGUUCACGUAACAUAAAUUAGCAACAAUUUAACAAGCAAUUAACAUGACAGUCGAUGAUUAGGAUUGUGAAAGAAAAUCAAUUCAAACAUCGAGACAAAAUUUUCCAUGGACAGCUGACUCAUCCGCCCUUCUCUUUCUUUUCUCUUUUCUCUCUUUCUAAGUCAUAUGUUUUUCUCUUUCUAAUUUACUGUCUUCGUUUCUUUCUCAGAGUUCAACUGUUCAUAUUUUUAGAAUUGUUUUGUUUUUCUCUCUCUUUUUUUUUCUUCUUUUUUAAUUAGAAUAAAAGUUGAUUUAGUUAAUUAAUUUGUUGAUUGAUUUACUAAUUAAUGGAAUGGAUACCAACAAAUUACGAUUUGAACGUCGAGCCCAAAGGAAAAUAGAUGAAGCCCGACUGAAAGCGAGACCAGAAUUGGCUGGUAACAAUUUUGAUAAAUGGCGAAUCCACGAUUAUGCCCAUAAAUUUACUCUCGAUCCGACCAAAUAUAAAGAUAAUGUUGAAAGAAUUGAUGUUAGCAAAUGUUCCCAUGAUACUUUUGUUGAGAAAUUUGAGAAAAUUUAUAAACCUGUAGUAAUUACCGGAGCCACCAAAGACUGGAAAGCUACAGCAAAAUGGACACCAUCAAGAUUGGCCAAAAAGUAUCGCAAUCAAAAGUUUAAAUGUGGCGAAGACAAUGAAGGAUACAGUGUAAAGCUUAAGAUGAAAUAUUUCGUUUAUUAUAUGAAUAAUAACAAAGAUGACAGUCCUUUGUAUAUAUUUGACAGUAGUUUUGGAGAGCAUCCAAGGAAAGGUCGUCUAUUGGAGGAUUACGCUAUACCCAGUUACUUUCAAGAUGAUCUUUACAAAUAUGCUGGUGAAAAUCGCCGUCCGCCAUAUCGUUGGUUUGUCAUGGGUCCACCUCGAUCGGGUACAGGUAUUCAUAUUGAUCCACUGGGGACCAGUGCUUGGAAUGCAUUGAUUCAUGGUUAUAAACGUUGGUGUCUUUUUCCUACUACAACACCCAAAGAAUUGAUUAAAGUGAAAAUAAGUGAGGGAGGUCAUCAAACUGACGAGGCAAUUACUUGGUUUAAUGUUAUCUAUCCGAGGACACAAUCUCCUUACUGGUCACCUGAAUAUGCUCCCCUUGAAAUUAUUCAAAAACCCGGUGAAACGGUAUUUGUACCUGGUGGUUGGUGGCAUGUUGUAUUGAAUCUUACAUCUACCUGCGCUGUUACUCAAAAUUUUUGUUCUCUAACUAAUUUUCCAGUUGUCUGGCAUAAAACAGUCCGUGGUAGACCUAAAUUGUCAUCAAAAUGGCACAAAAUUUUGAGUGAAAAACGACCCGAACUCGCAAAAGUUGCUGAUCUGAUUGAUGUUAACAGGGAAAUCGGUGUUGCCUCUGAUAGUUCAACUGACUCUUCAAGUUCAAGCUCUGAUUCAGGUUCAUGUUGUUCAGAUUCUUCAUCGGGAAGUGAAGCUGAAGAUGAAGAUUCUGGGCAAGAAAGUUUAACAGCCAAAAAACGUAAAAGAACAAGAUCACCGAAUCUGAAAGAGAACUCUCAAAAUGGUUAUAAAAAUAUGAGGCAAUGUAAAAGAUGACGAACUAAUCAUUAGUCAAAUUGGGUCAACAAUUAAGAGACAUCUACCAACCAUCUAAACAGAGAUUCAAUCAUUGAAAUGUCCCAACAAUCAAGAAUUUAACCAUAAAUCUACUUGCGAUAACCAACCAUCAUUUUCACUACAAUGAUCUUUCCUCAUUCAUCGUCAUCUCCCUUGAACUUUUUCUCUCAGGACAAACGUCUUGUUAAAAAGCUCAAUGAUCAACUAAUCAAAAGCAAACUCACUGAUCAACUCAGUUUAAAUUUGAUUAAAUGGUCAAGCAUUUUUUCAACAAAAAAAAAUAUUCACCAUAUAAUGUCCACUUUGCUCAAGUUGAAAUUGUUAUUUAACUUUUUUUUUGCUAAUCCAACACUUAAAUGCAUUCAAAUUGUCCCGUUAUCCUGACCCAUCACCUACUUUCCAGCCUCUUCCCUGAUGAAUUUUUCAAAACAUUUUACUUGCCAUUGAUAAUUUUCUAACUGUAUCAAAUCAUAUCCAUCAUCUUCAUCACUAUCAUCGUCAACUGUGUUCGAUUAAUUGUUCUUCAUUCUAAAAAAAGUUAUCUAAAUUGAAAAGAAAAAAAUUAAAUUCAAAUUGUUAAUCAAGAGAUUGAUUAACAAUCAAAAUUAAAGAGA